CGGGACGGGGCCGCGGCCGGGGAGCGGGACGGGGCCGGGGACGGGGCCGGGGACGGGGCCGGGGCCCGCCCGCCCGCCGCCAUGAACCACCAGCCGCAGCCCAAGGCGGGCGAGCAGCAGCUGAGCGAGCCCGAGGACAUGGAGAUGGAAGGUCUGACUUGCAGUGUUGGGAGUUGAACCUCAGGUGUGCAGGUCCCGAACUCUCUUGUCCCCAGCCCGGCAGCCUCUGAGCUCCAACUCAGGACGGGGCAGGUCCAGGUCAGCCAUUGAAUUCGGACCUUCCCGUUUAACUGUGUGCUCGGUGCCCAAGCCUCAGUCUCUGCAGUUCCAGAAGUGAGGCCAGGGUCCCCUCCACAGCUGUGAGCUGGAGACACAGACGACCCGCCCAGAAUCGCACAAAACCCUGUUAUCAACGGGAACGUGGCCAUGAGCGAUGGUCACACCAACGCAGAGGAGGACAUGGAGGACGACACGAGUUGGCGCUCCGAGGCAACCUUCCAGUUCACUGUCGAGCGCUUCAGCAGACUGAGUGAGUCGGUCCUUAGCCCUCCGUGUUUUGUGCGAAAUCUGCCGUGGAAGAUUAUGGUGAUGCCACGCUUUUAUCCAGACAGACCACACCAAAAAAGCGUAGGAUUCUUUCUCCAGUGCAAUGCUGAAUCUGACUCCACGUCGUGGUCCUGUCACGCGCAGGCUGUGCUCAAGAUAAUCAAUUACCGGGACGACGAGAAGUCGUUCAGCCGGCGCAUCAGCCACCUGUUCUUCCACAAGGAGAACGACUGGGGCUUCUCCAACUUCAUGGCCUGGAGUGAGGUGACGGAUCCCGAGAAAGGGUUUAUCGACGAGGACAAAGUCACCUUUGAAGUCUUUGUGCAGGCGGACGCGCCCCACGGAGUCGCGUGGGACUCAAAGAAACACACGGGCUACGUGGGGCUCAAGAACCAGGGAGCCACAUGCUACAUGAACAGCCUGCUGCAGACACUCUUCUUCACCAACCAGCUGCGAAAGGCUGUGUACAUGAUGCCCACAGAGGGCGACGACUCUUCCAAAAGCGUCCCUUUAGCUUUGCAAAGGGUGUUCUACGAGCUGCAGCACAGCGACAAGCCCGUGGGAACCAAGAAGCUCACCAAGUCGUUCGGGUGGGAGACGUUAGAUAGCUUCAUGCAACAUGACGUUCAGGAGCUGUGCCGAGUGUUGCUGGACAACGUGGAGAACAAGAUGAAAGGCACAUGUGUGGAAGGCACCAUCCCCAAGUUAUUCCGGGGCAAGAUGGUGUCCUACAUCCAGUGUAAAGAAGUCGACUACCGGUCUGACAGGAGAGAAGACUAUUACGACAUCCAGCUAAGUAUAAAAGGAAAGAAAAACAUAUUUGAGUCCUUUGUGGAUUACGUGGCUGUGGAACAGCUGGACGGCGACAACAAGUAUGACGCUGGGGAGCACGGCUUGCAGGAAGCAGAGAAAGGUGUGAAGUUCCUCACCCUGCCACCCGUGCUGCACCUGCAGCUCAUGAGGUUCAUGUAUGACCCGCAGACGGACCAGAACAUCAAGAUCAACGACAGGUUUGAGUUCCCUGAACAGUUACCACUCGAUGAAUUUUUGCAAAAAACAGAUCCUAAGGACCCUGCCAAUUACAUCCUGCACGCAGUCCUGGUUCACAGUGGGGACAACCACGGUGGACACUAUGUGGUUUAUCUCAACCCCAAAGGGGACGGCAAAUGGUGCAAAUUCGACGACGACGUGGUGUCCCGGUGCACGAAGGAGGAGGCCAUCGAGCACAACUACGGUGGCCACGACGACGACCUGUCUGUGCGGCACUGCACCAACGCCUACAUGCUGGUCUACAUCCGGGAGUCCAAGCUGAGUGAGGUGCUGCAGGCCGUCACCGACCACGACAUCCCCCAGCAGCUGGUGGAGCGGCUGCAGGAGGAGAAGCGCGUGGAGGCGCAGAAGCGGAAGGAGCGGCAGGAAGCCCACCUGUACAUGCAGGUGCAGAUCGUGGCCGAGGACCAGUUCUGCGGCCACCAGGGCAACGACAUGUACGACGAGGAGAAGGUCAAGUACACGGUGUUCAAGGUCCUGAAGAACUCCUCGCUCGCCGAGUUUGUCCAGAGCCUCUCGCAGACCAUGGGGUUCCCGCAAGAUCAGAUCCGUCUGUGGCCCAUGCAGGCGAGGAGUAACGGGACCAAGCGGCCAGCCAUGCUGGACAAUGAAGCCGACGGCAACAAGACAAUGAUCGAACUCAGUGACAAUGAAAACCCAUGGACAAUAUUCCUGGAGACCGUGGACCCUGAGCUGGCCGCGAGUGGCGCCACGCUACCCAAGUUUGACAAGGACCACGAUGUGAUGUUGUUCCUGAAGAUGUAUGACCCCAAAACCCGGAGCCUGAAUUACUGUGGGCACAUCUACACCCCCAUAUCCUGUAAAAUUCGUGACUUGCUCCCGGUCAUGUGUGACAGAGCAGGAUUCAUCCAAGAUACUAGCCUUAUCCUCUAUGAGGAAGUGAAGCCGAAUCUCACGGAGAGAAUUCAGGAUUAUGACGUGUCUCUGGACAAGGCCCUGGAUGAGCUCAUGGACGGCGACAUCAUCGUGUUUCAGAAGGACGACCCCGAGAAUGACAACAGUGAGCUGCCCACCGCGAAGGAGUACUUCAGAGACCUGUACCACCGCGUGGACGUCAUCUUCUGCGAUAAGACCAUCCCCAACGACCCUGGAUUCGUGGUCACUUUGUCCAAUAGAAUGAAUUAUUUUCAGGUCGCAAAGACGGUCGCCCAGCGGCUAAACACUGACCCCAUGUUACUCCAGUUUUUCAAGUCUCAAGGUUACAGGGACGGCCCAGGCAACCCUCUUAGACAUAACUAUGAAGGUACUUUAAGGGAUCUUCUACAGUUCUUCAAGCCUAGACAACCUAAGAAACUUUACUACCAGCAGCUUAAGAUGAAGAUCACAGACUUUGAGAAUAGGCGGAGUUUUAAGUGCAUCUGGUUAAACAGCCAGUUCAGGGAAGAGGAAAUAACACUAUAUCCAGACAAGCACGGGUGUGUCCGGGACCUGCUGGAAGAAUGUAAGAAGGCUGUGGAGCUGGGGGAGAAGGCGUCAGGGAAACUCAGGCUGCUAGAAAUCGUAAGCUACAAAAUCAUCGGCGUCCAUCAGGAAGAUGAAUUGUUAGAGUGUCUGUCUCCUGCCACCAGCCGGACGUUUCGAAUAGAGGAGGUCCCGAUGGACCAGGUCGACAUAGACAAGGAGAACGAGAUGCUGAUCACGGUGGCCCAUUUCCACAAAGAGGUGUUCGGAACGUUCGGCAUCCCGUUUUUGCUGAGGAUACACCAGGGCGAGCAUUUCAGAGAAGUCAUGAAACGGAUCCAGAGUCUGCUGGACAUCCAGGAGAAGGAGUUUGAGAAGUUUAAAUUUGCCAUCGUGAUGAUGGGCCGGCACCAGUACAUCAACGAGGAUGAGUAUGAAGUGAACUUGAAAGACUUUGAACCCCAGCCUGGUAACAUGUCUCACCCUCGGCCGUGGCUCGGGCUCGACCACUUCAACAAAGCUCCAAAGAGGAGUCGCUACACUUACCUUGAAAAGGCCAUCAAGAUCCAUAACUGACCUCCUCCCGAGUGUCCCAGGCCAGGGACAGUGCGCGGCUGGGCCUCAACAGCCUGGGCUCUGGGACUCUGCACGCCAGCCGACGUCCCCAUGAGAGGACUCGCUGCUGAUGUUAAUUUUAUUUUGUUGAGGCUGUUCAGUUUGGCUUCUGUAUCUAUUGACUGCCCUUUUUGAGCAAAAUGAAGGUGUUUUUAUAAAGCGUGGAUGCCAGUGAGAGUUAUUUUACGGUCACCGCAGUGCCAGGCGCCUGCCGGCACACGGGGGGAGGGGAAGAACAGAAGCUAGUGGCACGUGGUCCCCGUGGGCACAAGGGCUCUCGUCCAGCUGGGGCCCCGACCCCGGCCCCCGUGGGCGGCCUCGUCUGCCACCGCCCUCCACUCCCCUCCCGCCCCAUGGCCUUGUGUGCAUCUGUAAGGCAUCGCCGAGACACUCACAGCCUAAUAAACAGCGCUCUCCUUCACGCGUGUCCUGUGGCCCCUUCCUCGGUCCUCGGCCAGCCUGUCCCCUCCCGUUCAGGCGGCAAAAGCCCAGCGGCCGCCAAGGUCCCAGCAGGUGACGGGUCCCGAGGUGUCUCCUAGGCGGAGCAGACGCAAGAGGAAAGGACCCUCUCGACCAGGAGGGCAGUUCUCUCGUGGGCAGGGAGCUGCUGACUUUGUAAAAAGGCAGGAAGAGAAAAGGACAGAUGAGAUUGUAUAUUUAAUGACUGAACGUGUCCAGCUGACCGCUGGGAGGAGAGGUGCAGCCUCGCCGCGGACGUCUGCUAGCCGAGCCUCGGGCCGCCCCGCGGGAGCCGGCGGCCGCUAGCUGCGAGUGCGGCGAGCUAGACUCCGCAGCCCUCACGUAGUUCUCUUCCUCCCCGGACUUGGUUUCGUUUCCUCUCGGUUUGUUUCUGUAGCAGCAGUGCGCACCAGCCCUUCCUGUAUAUUUGCCUUUUUGCUGGAAAAUGUUGUAUGUUGAAUAAAAUUUUCUAUAAAAACGA